CUCAAUGGCAUAACAUCGAAUAACAUCGAAUCGCGGUCUCCACACACUGAUCGGGAAGCGAUGGAGCUGACAAAGGAUUUCUCCUGCUCUCUACAAUCCUAUGAACCCAUGAAUGGCUGUACCCAGGGGCGGUUCGUGAGACGUUCUUUAUUUCACCGUUUCGGUUCUCCGUGAGUAAUGGGUCACGCAAUAUAGCAUAUCUCCGUUGCGCGAUGUCCUCCGGUUGUUUUGUGUUCUUAAGGUCUCUGUACCCCUAUAGUGGGCCUUUUCCUGGUUGCUUAAAAUUUGAACCAAACGAACUUUUUUUGAAAAUCCGGGAGGAAAAUGAAUUCUGGUAUCUUGCAUCCAAAUUGGACGGCACAGUAGGGUGCGUCCCUUAUAAUUACGUGAAGCCAGAUAAACAGGAUGAUCAGGCCGCUAUUAAUUGUGCCUCCAAAGCUUUGUCCCAAUUUUCUAAGUCGAGCUCUGAUCUGAAGAACAAAGAAGACAUCCUUCGAAUCCUCAAGCGGCUUGCUGGAGUGGAAAACGGCGUCAAACAAACACAAGCUUCGAAGCUUUAUCCUGAACCACGUUCUUCACCCCCCACCAGAGCUUCUUUUCCCCAAGCACGUCAAAAUCAUCCGCUUACACCUAAAACCGUUCCUACGAACAUCGCUGCUCAGUUGGUCGAUGUCUUGAGACUUGGGACUAACGCAAAAUACGAGGAAUGUCAGAGCAGUCUUCGCGUUCUUCUGAAGCUUCUCUCUGCACAUCUUCCGGAUGUUAUGCCAAUCACAAAGGCCUUAGAUGCUUCACUGUCAGACUCUUCAAUGGAGGAGCGCCGUCUCUGGCUUACCCAAAGCCCAGAUUGGUACUUCCUUCAACGGUACUUUGAUUCGGUUGCAAGGCUGUCGGAGGAUGACCAUGAAUCUAACUGGCAACUACACGAUGAUUCUCUGAUUCAGCAGCAACUUUUGGAUUUACUUAACGAUGUGCUGCUCAAAGCCGACCCGUCGCUUAUCCAACUGUUUUUGAGUCUGAAAAAUUAUGAACCGUUGCAGCACCUCAUCAAGUUGUACCAUAGAAAGUGCAACUCUUCUGUUCGCCAAAAGCUGCUUGUAACCGUGGAAGCCUGUUUUUUAGCCGAUCCUAACUGUUCAUCCGUCUGCAUCACGUCUCCCUUCCCGCACGAACUGAUUCGCGAACUUUGCACACAUGAAGGCGAUCUUGAUAUUGCGCACAUCGCUAGAUGCCUCUACCUGUUGACUUCCCUGCUAGCCAAAGAGACAGCUUUGCCUGUGGAUUUGCGGGAACAAAUUAACUGCAAAUUUCUCACUCACGUUCUGCGAUUCAUCGGUCCUAUUGGAAGUGUCGACACUACUUCCCUGAUCGAUUUUGAUCCUUUCAACAUGGCCACGGAAUCUUCCUCAGUCACCUUGGAGCCCUUUUUCGACAGGCAGUUGCAGCACGCGGCGGCAAUCCUAUUGCUCUCGUGCAACUGGCACUUUUGCUUCAUUGCUGCCAAACGCUCCACGGGAUAUGAGGGCGUUUCUCCUUCACUUGUGAGUAAGAUCCCUCUACUUGAAGCCCUCAUCAGUCAACCUUCAGCCUCUCAAAAUUUCCUUGAAUUGGUCGUGCAAGCCUUCAAUCGUGAUGUGGAUCCAAUGGCUCUAGUUCGCUCUACGUGUUUCCCUCGUUCGGCACGUGUUGAUCGGUUAGUCCGCUGGGCUGAGGUCGUCGCACACCACUCUUCACCGUCUGAGAAAGAAAGUAAUGCAGCUGCCACCAAAGCUUUGGAAGGCGAUGUGGAAGACAUGAAUUCCUCCUCUUUCGCAGACCCUGGGUACUAUGCUCGUCGCUUCUGGACUGAAUCACUUAUCCAAGAAAAAUCUGCUGAACUACCCACACUGCCCACGAAUGUAUCGCCAACAACUCCUCGGAAUAGCAUCAUGAAACUGCUAUUUGAUCUGUUCAACACAGCCAACACUGCCGAGUUGAUCUUCCGAAACGAUCGAAAUGUGAUCAUCGACGUGAUCAACCGGCACAUCGGUAACCUGAAGUCAAGAGAAACGGAGCGUGUGUUGGAUUAUCCUAUUUUACUUGGUUUAAUUAUCGCACACUCUGACUACCUCUCCAGCGGGGCCCAUCGUUCGGGUGAAUUGAUUCAGAACCUUGAACGUCUGCUCAAAAGUGGAUCUUUUGAAGCGGUAAAUCCGCCAAUUCUGGAAAGAGGACUUCAAAUAGCUCGUAUCUCACUUGAUAGACUCCGAGCAGUUUGCAAGUAGAUUUGAUCACGAACUCCCCACGACCUGCGCCUGUUAUCUUUCCGUGUGAAAUUAUGUCCCACUACUCUGGUUACUAUUUCCGGUUUGUUAAGAGAUCGAUUUGAAUAUAUAUUUCCGAGCAACUCCUUAUUCCAUUACCUUAACUAAUUCACAGCUUUGUCAGUGAUCUCGCUUCUUUUACGUAAACGAACCCAUCUGUUGUCAGCUGG